UCAGUGACGUUUCAUAUAAACAAGAUGGCUGCUUCCACAAGUCCGAGCAGAAGCGCUGCUCUUUCGAAGGCGGAUUAUUUAAAGCGCUAUCUGUCGAACGACGACGAUGGCAAGAAGUCAAGAGAAAAGAAAGUCAGGAAAAAGCGUCUUAAGACCACCGGGGGAGGGAUGAAGAUUGUUGAUGAUGAUAUUGACUGGAGGCAACUGGCUGCAAAGAGCGAAGAGAAGGAGAACGAGGAUGAGGAUGAGGAAGAGGCGCCUGUGAUUGCAGAGAUAAUAGAUGAACGUCCAGACGAAGUCAAACAGCUAGAAGUGUUUAGAAACAGUAACAAGUGGAAAAUAAUGGGAGCCACAAAUGAAGAACCCCAGGAAUCUCCAGUCUCACCUUCAGUGACCAGUUCAGACAUCAAAAGGAACAGAAGAGCUCGACAUGAUUCUCCUGACAGUUCUUCAGUACGGAGAGUUCGCCAUGACUCCCCUGAUCUUUCACCCAAGAGGAGAGUUCGUCAUGACUCCCCUGAUCUUUCACCCAAGAGGAGAGUUCGCCAUGACUCCCCUGAUCUUUCACCCAAGAAGAGAGUUCGCCAUGACUCCCCUGAUCUUUCACCCAAGAGGAGAGUUCGCCAUGACUCCCCUGAUCUUUCACCCAAGAGGAGAGUUCGCCAUGACUCCCCUGAUCUUUCACCCAAGAGGAGAGUCCGGCACGAUUCUCCAGAUCUUUCCCCUCAUAGACUCAAAGCAGAGACCAAACACAGGGGACAUCACUCUUUAUCACCUUCUCCUCCACAAAAGAAUGAGAAGAGCUCAGCUUCUAAAUCACAAAAACAACAUGCUAAAGAUUCCUCGCAGAAAGAAAAGUCAAAAUCCUCUUCAGGUAGACGUCUACCAGACUCUGAUCUGUCGCCACCUCGGAGACGCCCUAAUGCCAGACAGGACUCGGACUCUGAUCUGUCUCCUCCUCGGAAAAGAGCACAGAGGGAUAGAGGGUCUGAUUCUGACCUUUCACCACCCAGGAAGAGGCCCCAGGGUGGUCAUGGGUCAGAUUCUGACCUCUCUCCACCUCGCAGGACAGGCUCUCCUCUUCCACAGGGUCCUUGUAUGUUGUCUGGUGGAGCUGCUGGACUGGUCUCUGUGGAAACCCUGCGUAAAGAGCAGGAAGAAAUCAAAAGAAAAGAAAAACAAAACAAGCCCCUAGAAGAGGAGUCCCGUCAUGCACAGACUGUGUUCAGAGAUAAGACGGGAAAGAAACGAGACUUGGAGUCUGAGCGUGCGGAGCAGAGCAGGAAAGCUGGGGAGAAAGCUGAGAAGGAUGAGAAAUAUGCACAAUGGGGCAAAGGACUGGCGCAGAGUCAGAUACAGGAGCAGAACGUGGCUGAUGCAAUACGAGAGGCUCAGAAGCCCCUGGCACGUCACAUUGAUGAUGAAGACCUAGAUCGAAUGCUGAGGGAGCAGGAGAGAGAGGGAGAUCCCAUGGCUGCUCUAUUACGCAAGAAGAAGGAUAAGAACUCUAAAAGUAAAGGAGUUAAAGAGAGACCUCUUUACAGUGGUCCCCCACCACCCCCAAAUCGUUUCAACAUCAUGCCAGGAUAUCGCUGGGAUGGAGUUGACAGGUCCAAUGGAUUUGAGCAGAAGCGCUAUAGCAGGAUUGCAAGUAAGAAAGCUGUGCAAGAGGAAGCAUACAAAUGGAGUGUGGAGGACAUGUAGACAUCAGGACCCCAAGCAUCCCUAUGUACUGUAUCAUUCCGUCUCACCAGCACCGCUCCUGUCAUUUUAAAGGCUGCUCCCAUCUGAAUAAACAGUCAGAUGGAAAUGUUAUGUUAAUAUCAACUAGCAUGGUAAAACAAAUAAAAACAAAAGUUAAAAAAAAAAAAGAAAAGAUUUUCUGACUUUUAGCGGUUGAGCGAUUGUACAGGAGUAUCAAGUUUACCUUGAGAUUUAUUAAAUGUUAUGUUUCUUAAAGUA